AUGCCCUAUAAACUGAAGAAGGAGAAGGAGCCCCCCAAGCUUGCCAAAGGCACGGCCAAGCCCAGCAGCUCAGGCAAAGAUGGUGGAGGCGAGAACCCCGAGGAGGCCCAGCCACAGCCCCAGCCGCAGCCCCAGCCCCAGCCCCCAUCAUCCAACAAGCGUCCCAGCAAUAGCACACCGCCCCCCACACAGCUAAGCAAAAUCAAGUACUCAGGGGGGCCCCAGAUUGUCAAGAAGGAGCGGCGGCAGAGCUCCUCCCGCUUCAACCUCAGCAAGAACCGGGAGUUACAGAAGCUUCCUGCUCUGAAAGAUUCACCGACCCAGGAGCGGGAGGAGCUGUUUAUCCAGAAGCUCCGCCAGUGCUGCGUCCUCUUUGACUUUGUGUCAGACCCCCUCAGUGACCUCAAAUUCAAGGAGGUGAAGCGAGCAGGACUCAAUGAGAUGGUGGAGUACAUCACCCAUAGCCGCGAUGUUGUCACAGAGGCCAUUUACCCUGAGGCUGUCACCAUGUUUUCAGUGAACCUCUUCCGGACGCUGCCACCUUCAUCAAAUCCCACUGGGGCCGAGUUCGACCCAGAGGAAGAUGAGCCCACCCUGGAAGCUGCAUGGCCGCAUCUGCAGCUCGUGUAUGAGUUUUUCUUACGUUUUCUUGAGUCUCCUGAUUUCCAGCCAAACAUAGCCAAGAAGUACAUUGACCAGAAGUUUGUCCUUGCUCUCCUGGACCUGUUUGACAGUGAGGAUCCUCGAGAGCGGGACUUCCUUAAGACCAUCUUGCAUCGUAUCUAUGGCAAGUUUUUGGGACUCCGGGCCUAUAUCCGUCGGCAGAUCAACCAUAUCUUCUACAGGUUCAUCUAUGAGACGGAGCAUCACAACGGGAUUGCCGAGCUCCUGGAGAUUCUGGGCAGCAUCAUCAAUGGCUUUGCCCUGCCCCUUAAGGAAGAGCACAAGAUGUUCCUCAUCCGUGUUCUGCUUCCCCUUCACAAGGUCAAGUCCCUGAGUGUUUAUCAUCCUCAGUUGGCAUACUGUGUGGUACAAUUCCUGGAGAAGGAGAGCAGUCUGACUGAGCCGGUGAUUGUGGGACUUCUCAAGUUCUGGCCUAAGACCCACAGCCCUAAGGAGGUGAUGUUCCUGAAUGAACUGGAGGAGAUUCUGGAUGUCAUUGAACCUUCAGAAUUCAGCAAAGUGAUGGAACCACUCUUCCGCCAGCUUGCCAAGUGUGUCUCCAGCCCCCAUUUCCAGGUGGCAGAGCGUGCUCUUUAUUACUGGAACAACGAGUAUAUCAUGAGCCUGAUAAGUGACAAUGCUGCCCGAGUCCUCCCCAUCAUGUUUCCUGCACUCUACCGGAACUCCAAAAGCCACUGGAAUAAGACAAUCCAUGGGCUGAUCUACAAUGCCCUGAAGCUGUUUAUGGAGAUGAAUCAGAAACUGUUUGAUGACUGCACACAGCAAUACAAGGCAGAGAAGCAGAAGGGCCGGUUCCGAAUGAAGGAAAGAGAAGAGAUGUGGCAAAAGAUUGAGGAGCUGGCCCGGCUUAAUCCCCAGUAUCCCAUGUUCCGAGCUCCUCCACCACUGCCCCCCGUGUACUCGAUGGAGACAGAGACCCCCACAGCAGAGGACAUCCAGCUUCUGAAGAGGACGGUGGAGACAGAGGCUGUGCAGAUGCUGAAGGACAUCAAGAAGGAGAAAGUGUUACUUCGGCGGAAGUCAGAGCUGCCCCAGGAUGUGUAUACCAUCAAGGCACUGGAGGCCCACAAGCGGGCAGAAGAGUUCCUAACUGCCAGCCAGGAGGCUCUCUGACCCCCUCACCUUCCCACAUCACAGGGCCACAGCCCACUCAGCCCUGGGACGCUGCCCCUGCCCUCCACCCUCUGCUCCCCACUGGCUGAUUUGGGGCAAGGCAGUGCCUCUCUGGCUCCUCUAGGAAGGGGCAUGUGGUCAUUUGAAGCAGGGACUACCCACAACAUGGUCCCUCUUCUCCCCAAAAUGUGUUCUUGCCUUCCUGUGGUUAGUACAGACAGGCUGAGCACUGAGAUGUUAGUGCUCAGACAACCUGGGGAUGUCCACCCCUCUCCUGCUCCUAACCCCACAGCUACCUGAAGCCGGUCUCAGAAAAACACAUGCACACACGUAAGAAUACACAUGCCUCACUACUCUUCCUUUUAUCCUCAUUUAAACUCCAGGUGUUUUUCCUUCUCUCCUUUCCCUGCAGAGGCAUGUAGGGAGCAGUAGGAAAUUAUUCUCACCAAAGUCAUGUCAAGCCCCACUGGCCCCUGGAGUGGAGCCACCCCCAACAGCACAAAUAGGUCCCCAGCCCUAGCAGUGUGCAGGCUGAUGGGGUUGUAUUAUUUCUUACCCCCUUCGCGACCGAAACACCAUUGUGGAGAGAUCAAAAAGAAAAGUACAGGCAAUGGACAACAGGUGAUGAACAUAGGGGCCCAGACAGACCAAGGAGUCAAGGAGGAUGAACACCCUACCCUUUGCCCCCUCUUUGGGGAACAGCAGCCCUAAGAUCACAGAUGUGGAAGGGACUACCCUGAGACUGACUGCUUUCCUGUGCUAUUGGUUCCCAAUGCUGGAAGGAAGCAGGGAGCAGUGCCUCAAGCAUGGCUCCCCACAACACCUAUUUAUUUCUGUUUGUCCCCUCACUUGGAGGGGCCAGGGGCUGGGGAGGGCCAAACCCAGGUUCCAGGGGCACAGGCAGUGCGGCUCUUGGCUGUGUACAUAGGGUGCUUUAUUCUCCACAGAGUGAUACAUGCUAAGGUGGGUUGGGCUUGGGCCAAUGUCCCCAUAUGUACAGAACUGAAUAAAGUGGGUCUCUGAGAA